AUGUGUGGCAUUUUCGGCUACAUCAACUACCUGGUAGAGAAGGACCGCAAAUUCAUCAUCGAUACGCUCGUCAAUGGCCUUUCUCGUCUCGAAUACAGAGGAUACGAUUCCGCGGGCAUUGCCGUCGAUGGCGAUAAGCGCAACGAGGUCUUUGCGUUCAAGGAGGUUGGCAAGGUCGUCAAGCUGAAGGAGCUGAUCGCGGAGGAGGCACCCGACAUGACCAAGGUGUUCGACAACCACGCCGGCAUCGCACACACCCGAUGGGCCACCCACGGUCCCCCAAGCAGAGUCAACUGCCACCCACACCGAUCAGACCCCAACUGGGAGUUUGCCAUUGUUCACAACGGCAUCAUCACAAACUAUAAAGAGCUGAAGACACUCCUCGAAAGCAAGGGCUUCCGCUUCGAGACCGAGACGGACACAGAGGCCAUUGCCAAGCUGGCCAAGUACAUCUACGAUGAGCACCCCACCAUUGACUUCACCACGCUGGCCAAGGCCGUCAUCAAGGAGUUGCAGGGUGCCUUUGGUCUGCUGAUGAAGAGUGUGCGCUUCCCUGGCGAGGUCGUGGCUGCGCGUAAGGGUUCUCCCUUGGUGGUCGGCGUUCGGACCGCCCGGAAGAUGAAGGUUGACUUUGUUGAUGUUGAGUUUGGUGACGGCGAGAACGUCCUGUCCGCAGAGGCGGCCAGCCAAAAUGUUGCCCUCAAGAAGAACGCUGGUGGUCUGGGAAGCAACCUCCUGGCUCCUCCAGACAAGUCGCUCUUGCACCGCUCGCAGUCUCGCGCCUUCCUCUCCGAUGACGGUGUUCCACAGCCYACCGAAUUCUUCCYCUCUUCCGACCCUUCCGCCAUUAUCGAGCACACCAAGAAGGUGCUGUACCUCGAAGACGACGACAUCGCCCACAUCCACGAGGGUCAGCUCAACAUCCACCGUCUGUCCAAGACCGACGGCACUAGCAACGUCCGCACUAUUCAGACAAUUGAGAUUGAGCUGCAGGAGAUCAUGAAGGGCCGCUUCGACCACUUCAUGCAAAAGGAGAUUUUUGAGCAGCCCGAGUCGGUCGUCAACGCGAUGCGUGGCCGUCUCAACGUGCAGGACAAGACUGUGACUCUCGGUGGGCUGAAGCAGUACAUCAGCACCAUCCGGAGGUGCAGACGUCUGAUUUUCAUCGCCUGCGGAACUUCAUUCCACUCUUGCAUGGCUGUCCGUGGCGCCUUUGAAGAAUUGACCGACAUUCCCAUUUCCGUGGAGCUGGCCUCCGACUUUUUGGAUCGACAGGCUCCGGUGUUCCGUGAUGACACUUGCGUGUUCGUCUCGCAGUCCGGUGAGACCGCCGAUUCGCUCAUGGCUCUCCGCUACUGUCUCGAGCGUGGUGCCCUUACUGUUGGUAUUGUCAACGUGGUCGGCUCCAGCAUCUCGCUCAUGACCCACUGCGGUGUUCACAUCAACGCUGGUCCCGAAAUCGGUGUGGCUUCCACCAAGGCAUACACCUCCCAGUUUGUCUGCAUGAUCAUGUUCGCUCUCUCUCUUUCGGAGGAUCGCGCCAGUAAGACACAGCGCAGAUUGGACAUCAUGGAGGGUCUCGGCAAGGUCUCGGAGCAGGUCAAGGAGAUCCUCAAGAUGGACCAGAGCAUCAAGGAGCUCUGCCUCAAGUUCAAGGACCAGAAGUCGUUGCUCCUGCUCGGACGUGGUGCUCAGCACGCGACUGCAUUGGAGGGCGCCCUCAAGAUCAAGGAGAUUUCCUACCUUCACUGUGAAGCCGUCAUGUCCGGCGAGCUGAAGCACGGUGUCCUCGCGCUUGUCGACGAGAACCUGCCCAUUGUCAUGAUUCUGACCCGCGACGGUAUCUUCGCCAAGUCACUCAAUGCCUACCAACAAGUCAUUGCCCGCAAGGGUCGUCCAAUUGUCAUCUGCAACACCGGCGACGAGGAGUUCCCCGGCGACAAGACUGACAAGAUCGAGGUUCCUCACACCGUUGACGUUCUCCAGGGUCUGCUCAACGUCAUCCCUCUGCAGCUCAUGGCCUACUGGCUGGCCGUAGCCGAGGGCCUGAACGUGGACUUCCCACGUAACUUGGCCAAGUCGGUCACUGUGGAGUAA